GUGGGGGGGCAGGAUCGUCAUCCUUCUGCAGCUGGUGCUCCCUGGUUACCAUGCCUCGGAUCGAGAAUGGUGAGAAGGAAAGCGUAGGUCGUGCAUGACGGAUGCUGUCGAGGGUCCCUGCGUGGUACAAAAAGGAUCACCUCUGCCUGCCUUUUGGUUUUUCUGAGAAACGCGGGACGAGGCCGUGUGUUCAGUGCUAACCUCGCUCUUCUGCUCUCCUUUUGGUCUUUUACUACCCCCUCUCUUCGUCCGCGGCGUACGUGCCGGAGAGCGCAAUUCCAAACAUGAUCUCUUUGCUUCCGGCAGCUCUGCUGCUGGCGUCAGGCGCUCAGCUCGCCUUCUCCCAAUUCGUGGCCCCGCCAAAGAACCUGACCAGGAAGGCCGGUUACGCAGGUGUCACGGUGCGCUACAAGUCCGUGCCCGCGGGCAUCUGCGAGCAGGAUCCCGACGUGAAGAGCUAUGCAGGGUACGCCGACGUGUCGCCGGGCCAACACAUCUUCUGGUGGUUCUUCGAGGCGCGGAACGUCGACCCCACGACGGCGCCGCUCACCAUCUGGAUCAAUGGCGGACCCGGCUCGUCCUCCAUGAUCGGCCUGUUUCAAGAGCUGGGACCGUGCCGGGUCAACUCGGACGGCGACGCGGUGAACAACCCGUACUCGUGGACCAACGUCUCCAACGUCAUCUUCAUCGACCAGCCCACGCAGGUCGGGCUCAGUUACUCGUCGCCCGUGCCGGGCUACGAGGACCCCAACUCGGGCUACCUCGUGGAACUGCCCAACAACACCUGCCCCGACUAUGCCAGCGACUGGGCCUGCGGGACCUACUCGUACUGGAACGAGUCCCUGACUGCCAACAGCACGCCCGCGACGGCGCCCAACAUGUGGAAGACGCUGCAGGGGUUCAUGGGCGCGUUCCCGCAGUAUGCGAGACAGGAUAUCAACUUUGCGACCGAGUCGUAUGGUGGACACUACGCGCCGAUCAUGUCGGAAUACUUCGAAGAGCAAAAUGCAAAGAACAUCACGGGCGCCCAUAACAUCCGGCUCGAGCAUGUGCUGAUUGGCAACGGCUGGUACGAUCCGUUGAUCCAGUAUCAGGCGUACUACAACUUCACGGUGUUCCCGGGCAAUACAUACAACUACGACCCCUUCAACCAGACGAUCAAAGACCAGAUGUACAACAACCUGUACGGGCCGGGCAACUGCUACGACCAGACGGUGGACUGCAACACGCGGCAGAUCGACGAGGUGUGCACGGCGGCGGACAACUUCUGCUACCAGCAGGUGGAGAACCUGUACGACAUCUACCUGAACCGCGACGAGUACGACGUGCGGUACCUGAUGCCGGACCCGUUCCCGCCGACCUUCUACGUCGACUACCUCAACACGGCGAAGGUGCAGGCCGCCAUCGGCGCGUUCGUCAACUAUACCGAGAGCAACGCCGCGGUGGGCAACGCGUUCGGCAGCACCGGCGACGACGACCGCGAGAUCGGCACCGUCGCCGCCCUGCAGGCCCUGCUGCGCCAGAACGUCUCGGUCACCAUGUACUUUGGCGACGCCGACUACAACUGCAACUGGCUGGGCGGGCAGGUGGUGGCCGACCACGUCGCGGCCCCCGGGUACGGGAGCGCGGGCUUCGUCAACGUCUCGACCCCCGACGGCGCCGUGCACGGCCAGGUGCGCCAGAGCGGGCACUUCGCGUUCGUGCGCAUCUUCCAGUCCGGCCACGAGGUGCCCUUCUACCAGCCCGCCAUCGCGCUCGAGAUGGUCGCCCGCGUCCUCUCCGACGUCGACAUCGCCACGGGCAGGACCGCCGUCACCUCCCAGUACCGCACCGCCGGCCCCACCGUCAGCACCUACCGCGAGGGCAACGCCACCAUCCAAUUCACCCUCACCCCCGAAGACGCCAUCUACAACACCACCACCAGCUUGCCCCAGAACUCGACGUCCGGCGGCGGCGGCGGCGGAGCCAAGCUCGCCAGGCGGGCGAAAUAUAGCCUGCGACAGGCCAAGAAGAUCAAGAGGGACAAGUUGGGCGGAUGGGCAAAAUAAUACUACACUCCCAAUAAUACACAACCUUCUUGAGUUCCUUCCUGGGUCUCGACCUGCGGUGGUCCAGGGUAUGGGGCGGGCUGGUGUGGACUCCCGGGGCGACAAUCUAAUCAAUAGGGGGAAAAUCAAUGACGAGAGCCUUGGCUACUGCACGACCAGCUCUAAAAAGGAAGAGGAGAGAAUACCAUAGUAAAUGAGACAUGAUCCCAAGUCUUCACGCGAUUUCGACGCAGUCUGCAUCUGUUCCUGAGAUUCUCACGCUCGACACUUCGUUGCGCCGUAUGCGAAUAUACCUGACAUCUCUGCCCUUGUUCUUCCGACCGGUAGUCGAUAUGUCUGUUCUGUUUCUGGAGAUUGUAUGGCUGACAGCACCGAGGCAGGCCGAUACACUUGGGGAAAGAAGGACAAGCUAGAUAUUGCGAAGGAACGAACCACAAAACUCCUG